AUGGAGGAAAAAACCAGGAAAAAACGGGAAAACUCCUCCAGUAUCUAUGAAACUACUUCUAGCAGUUCAGAUAAUGACAAUAGCUCUUCUUUACAGGUUGAUUUCGAGUUUUUUAACCCCCGUUUAGGCGAUUUAUAUACAUUAAGAACCCUCCUAAGGCAAUUAAUAGGCCCUGAUUCUGAUUCUAUAGAUAUAAACGGCCUAUCUGACUUAGUUAUAUGCCAGACGCUUGUUGGUUCAACUGUAAAAAUGGAUGGAAUUGAAGGAGAUCCUCUUGCUUUCUUAAGCGUCCUUAAUAUGAACUAUUAUUGUGAAAAAGAAUGUAUAAAAAGGAUUAAAUCGUAUAUUAUGACCAAGAUAUGCUCGGAGAAGGAGUUUUAUGAUUUUUUCUGUACUUGUUUUGAGGGGACAGGACCCAAUAUAGGCCUAAUUUUAUCAGAGCGCCUUAUUAAUAUGCCAAUACAAGUUGUGCCAGCUAUGUAUGAGAUGCUUUUUGAGGAGAUUCAAUGGGCGCAAGAUGAUAAGGAGCCAUAUAAUUUUGAGUAUUAUAUAAUUAUAUCAAGAAGUAGCCAAGAAAGAGUAGAUCAGAAGGGUUUGAAAAAGAGGCGAAGAAUGGCCGAGAGUAAGAAAAAGACGCUUUAUUUCCACCAAGAAGAUGAAAUAUUUAAAGAAAAAUCGUUGUAUUCAGUGACAUAUGAUUAUUCUCAAUGUAAGGGAUUGGAUGAUGUGUCAUAUGAUCGAAAUAAUGAAGCCCGACAUCAGGGUGAGAUAAUAAUGAUUUCAAAAGAGAAGCUGAAAGAAGCUAUAAAUGAAUUAAAAACGAUGAUUACUUGA